UACAAGUCUAACGCUACCAUUCUACUCCUGAGUAGUCCAUAACUUCCAAGCUCCAACGACAUCUUAACCGGAAAACAAAACCUAAGCAAACCCCCCAUUUUUGCACUCUCUCCUUUUAAGCUCAAUCAAAUUCAUCAAUGGCGACAAACGGAGCUCCUGCGAUAACUGAGGAUACAGAAGCCAGCCUUCAGAAGAUCAAGCGGCAAUUAGCUUCGAAUUCGGGUCGAAAUCUGUUACAAGGCCCUCUUUAUAAACGAUCUGAAACUUUGAGGAAAUGGAAUGAGAGAUGGAUGAUUUUAGAUCCUAGUACAGGGAAAAUGGAAUACAAGUUAAAGAGAAAUGAGCCAAAUGUCAAGGGGACCAUUUUAUUUGACGCAAAUAGCACGAUUACCUUGUCACCUGUGAAUUUCCAGGGACUACCAAAGUAUGACGGGUGUUGCAUCUAUAUCGGAACCCCGCAGAAGAAGGACUAUUUCCUUUGUGCAGAAACUCCAGGUGCUGCAAGAGCUUGGGUGUCAACUUUACAUGCGGCCCAGUUAGUCCUUAAGGCUCAUAAAGAGGCUGUAAAUUCGUUAAGUGGAAGUGGUUCUGCUCAACUUGGCACAGUUGCUACUGUUGUUGCUGCUGCAAAUUCAACUGCACUGGAGGCCUCAAAAGAAAUUGAGGCAGCAAUGAAGGUUUCCUUAAGAAAUGCUCUGGGAUCCAUGUUGAGCAAAUCCCCUGAAGGCCAAAUGGACAAUACAGCAAUCUUGAAGGAAACUUUACGGGUGAAAGAUGAAGAGUUGCAGAACUUGGCUCGUGAGCUCCGUGGAAGGGAUUCUGCAAUAAAGGAAUUAACAGAAAAGUUAUCUGAUACUGCUCAAGCUGCAGAGGCUGCUGCAUCUGCAGCUCAUAAAAUGGAUGACCAAAGGAGAAUUGCUUAUGCUGAAAAGGAGCAGAUCAAAGAGGGUUACAAGAAACAGUUGGAGUCUACUAUGGUUAAGUCAAGAGAAACUGAAGAGAAGGUGGUGGCUCUAAGUAAAGAAAUAGAGCAACUGAUUAAGCAGCGAGACUCAGCUAUUCAGGAGGCACAUUUAUGGAGAAGCGAGCUUGGGAAGGCUAGAGAUCGUAAUGUGAUAUUGGAAGCAGCUGUUGUGAGAGCGGAGGAGAAGGUGAGGAUGACGCAGACAGAUUCUGAAACCAGAAUAAAGGAAGCUGCAGAGAAGGAAUCAGCAGCUUUGCAUGAGAAGCAAGAGCUUUUGAAUUAUGUGAAUGCAUUACAGAUGCAGCUUCAGAGGCAGCAAAUUGACACAAAACAAGUAUUUGAGAAGGCAGAAACUAGUUCUGACAUGGAAGACACGCGUCCACUGACUAAGCAUGUGGACUCAUCUGAUGAUAAAGCAUGUCUUAGUGUCUCAAAAACAGUUCCAGUGACUGAGGAUAGUGCUGUUGGUUUAUCUGAUGCAGAGCAGGGUAAUGAUCAUCCGAUUGGUGAUGGUCAAUGGAACGAUAUUCAAGCUACAGAAUCAAGAAUAGCGGAUGUAAGAGAAGUUGCUCCUGAUAUACAAGGAAGGAGCCUGGACAUUCCUGUAGUCAACUCACCAUUGAAUGACCAGCAAGAGCAAGAAGGCUCCUUUCCUCAAAAUUGACAAUGUUUAAAUUUCUCGAAAGCAGUUUGUGAUGUACAUGAAAGUGAUGACAGGAGCUCCUUCCACUGCAGGAACUCUAAACCUUAACGAUUGUAAUUCUUGUAGAAAUGCCUAGUGCUGAAAAUUAUAGCGAGUUUUUUUCUGGGUCGGAACAAGAUUUGAUAUUGUUUACAUCUUGUUGAGAAUUGGAUGAAACCUUACCCCCGAAUAUGAGACAUUUGUACAAAUCAUAUCGGAUAUUAGAUAUAGAAUUGAAGGAAAUAAAACAAUUGAAGGUUAACUUUGAAGGUCUUUAA